AUGCGAGCUGAGGAGAUAAAUAGUGAAGCGGAGGGUCAAUUUGGUUUGAGGAAUAGUCGGCUGCACACAAGACAAUUAGCUGAGCCUCGGGACGAGAGAGAUGGAUUGCGGAGGUCUAUGAUGGGAUACGAUGGACACGAUAAUACACUAGUACAGUUCAAUGGUGCCGACUACGAUAUGUACGAGGACACGAACAGUACUGUUGCAUAUGCGGUUCAGCUGGCAAUGAAAGACAAUGAAGACUGGCUGGUGGAGACAGCGCUGGAGCGAAUUCGACGUGCGCAUUCCGAAGGCCAAAAGAACGUUACGUUUUCCAAGCGGGAACUCCAAGCACUAGAGCGCAGGCGACUACAGGCGAGCGCAGAUUCAGCAGCCGACAAUCACCAUAUAAAGAGACCAGGAAACCAAACUGGCGUCGCACCCGUCCCGCCAUUUCCCCUAGACACCAGUAUUCAUGGCACUUGGGCUAGGACGACGAGUGCAUCUGCUAGUCCGCAGUCGUCGACGACGCUCCGGUCCCCACUUCAACCUCCUUUCCCCAACACCAUGAAUCAUGCGCCGCCGUUCCAUACAGCUCCUACAAUCCCUCGCUCCCACCCGGAAGAUUACCAACGGAUAUCUUCGUACCAGGCACCUUACGUGCGGGAACAUGGCCACUCCUUGCACAGUCCUACUGACCCUCAACGCGGGUCUGAGACGCGUCCAAGGCAGAAACCGCACACAAACGCUUCAUCGCAUACGUCGCUUGUUCCACCGGAGCCAUUUGGCAGCAAAGACAACGAGAGCGGUAAAAGCAGUCCCCAAAGACACAGCCCAGCCAGUAGUGGCGAUGAAAUACCAAUGGUGGAGGUCACAGAACGCAAAGUACCCAGCUCUCCUAUCCAUGGGCCUGACAGGGUCGCUCGCCAACGCACCAACCGUCCUUGA